UCUACAACAACAGAUAACUGAACUGAAGAUGAACAGGAAUCAAAAACAAGAUCCAUCUAGUCCUGAUGUUCUCAGAAUUGUGCUGCUGGGGAUGACUGGAGUUGGGAAAAGUGCAACAGGAAACACCAUCUUAGGAAAUGAAAUAUUUAUUGAAGACAGUUCAUUUGAAUCAGUUACCACUUUUUGUCAGAAAGAGACGUGUGAGUUUAAUGGGAGGCUGAUUACUGUGAUUGAUACUCCAGGACUGUUUGAUAGGAAGGUUUCUAAUGUAGAGAUCACUAAAGAGAUUGCCAAGUGUAUCUCCAUGGCUGCACCAGGUCCUCAUGUGUUCCUGUUGGUACUGAAAAUAGGACGCUUUACUCAAGAGGAACAGGAUACAGUGAAUUUAAUCAAAGAUACAUUUGGAGAGAAAUCUAGAAUGUACACUAUGGUGCUCUUCACUGGUGGUGAUGGGCUAAAAAAACAUACAAUUGAACAGCAUAUAGAGAAAGCUAGUUCAGACAUUAAAAAACUUUUGUUUGAGUUUGGUAACAGGUAUCAUGUCUUUAACAACAAUAACAGAAGCAGCAACACUCAGGUUUGUGCUCUCGUUGACAAAAUUGACUCCAUGGUGAGAGUGAAUAAUAGAAGCUGCUACACAAAUGAGAUGUUCCAGCAGGUGGAGAAAGCAAUAAAGGAAAACCAGGAGAGAAUCCUGAAGGAGAAAGAGGAGCAGAUAGAGCGAGAGAAAGAAGAACUAAAAGCUAAAUAUGAAGCUGAAAUGGAGAACAUAAAGAAAAUGAUGCAGGAACAAAAACAACAACAAGAAGCAGAAAGUAGAAGAAAAGAUGAAGAGUUUAAAGUAAGAGAGGAACAGAUAAAAACAGAGUUGGCAGAAAGAGAACAGAUAAUGCGAGAAGAUUUCAGGAAAAGAAAAGAAGAAGACGAUUUAAAGAUGAAUAAGUGGAUAGAACAAAUAAAUCAAGAAAGAGAGGAGAACAGAAAACAGUGGGAGAAGCAAAGAGAAGAAGAUCAGAAACUGAGAGAUGAGAAGGAGGAAGAAGAAAGAAAGAGGAGAGAACAAGAAUGGAUUGAGAAGAAGAAAGAAGAGAAAGAAAAGUUUGAGAGGGAAAAAGAAGUGCUGAAAAGAAAUGAAGAAGAAGCUUUAAAGAAGUUACAACAGGAGAAUGAACAGAGAGCAGCAGAGAAAGAGAAGAAAAGAAAAGAUUUAGAAGAGAAAAUAAAACAUGCAGAGGAAAGUAAAAAGAAGGAACUAGUGGAACAGUUAUCUCAACUACAAGAGUCAGAAAGAAGGUUGAAGGAGGAGAAGAAAAGACGAGAUGAACAGCAGAAGGACUGGAAAAAGUGCAUUCAAAGAAUGGAGGAACAGUGGGAUUUAGAGCAGUGUGUAAAGCAAUUGCAGUAUGAAUGGGAAAAGCUGAAAGAAGAAGAGGAAAGAGAAUUAAAAGAAAAUGAGAGAAAAGAGAAAGAAGAAGAAGAAAAGAAAAGACUAGAGAAAGAGGCAAAUGAAAAGAUACAAAAGAUGAAGGAACAGCUGGAAGCAGAAAGACUGAAAGAUGAACAAGAGAGAAAAGAAAAAGAUGAAAAGCACAAACAGGAAAUGGAAAAUAAACUUCGAGAGCAGCAGAAAGAUUUUAGAAAAGAGAAAGAAAAUGAAGAGAGGAUUCGCAGUGAGAUAGAGCAGAUGAAUUUGGCCUUUGUUAAAAAGCAACACACCAAAGAGCUGAAGAAUCUGAAGAAACAAACUGAACGAGAAACAAGAAAAAAAGCAGAGGAAGAAUUUAAUGCUAAACUGGAUGAGAAAGUUAAAGAAGCAAAUGAUUAUGGUUUGGAAUGGGGUUUGCAAUGGGGUUUGCAACGGGGUUUUGAACAGGGUUUUGAGGCGGGCCGUGCAAAAGUAGAGUCAAAAAGAACAUUGCCGGGCAGAAGUGUAGAUUCAUUAAUCAAUUUCGUUUGUGGGUCAGAUUUAUUUACUAAAAUUAAUUAAUGCAUAAAUUAAACUACACACUCAGGUGGCACAGUGUUUAAAUCUCAGCAGUGCUACUGGCCAGCCGGGCAUCUACACAGACAUAAUUGGCUAUCUUUUGGGUUUAGAGAUAAUUCUCUGGGGGAUUGGUACCAUGUUCAGGGUGUUUGUGCCUUGCACCAGAUGUUUG